UGAAUAUGUAGGCUGGUCGACAUCAACCGGCUGCACUCGCACCGUCUCUUCGUCCCACACACACACACGCACACACACAUACACACACAGACACACAAACACACAAACUAACAGUAACGGAGGCUGCUCCAUCAUGCACAGCAAAGAGCACAUCAGUCAUGACGAAUACCAGAAGACAGCUGACUGGCUGAUGUCCCAAACAAAGCACCGACCCCAGGUAGCAAUCAUCUGUGGAUCCGGACUGGGCAUGCUCGCUGACACACUGAAGUGUCAAGACUCCUUUGCUUAUUCUGACAUCCCAGGCUUCCCUCAGAGCACAGUCCAGGGUCAUGCAGGUCGGCUUGUUUUUGGGGAACUGAAGGGGAAGACAUGCGUGUGCAUGCAGGGUCGCUUCCACAUGUAUGAAGGACACUCUCUCUGCAAGACGACCUUCCCCAUUCGAGUUUUCAAGCUGCUCGGAGUGGAGACCCUGAUUGUCACAAAUGCUGCUGGCUCACUGGCCGAUGGCUUCCAGACUGGAGACAUCAUGAUCAUCAAAGACCACAUCAACUUUCCCGGAUUGGUCGGUCUGAACCCGCUGUGUGGGCCCAACGAUGAGAAGUUUGGUCCUCGCUUCCCAGCCAUGUCUGGUUGCUAUGACAAAGGUCUACGUUGCCUUGCUAUGGAGAUCGCCAAAGAGCUGGGUGUGGCCAGUGUUCUGCAGGAAGGCGUGUACGCCAUGGUGGGUGGCCCCAACUUUGAAACCAUUGCUGAGGCCAGACUGUUGCAUCGGCUUGGUGUGGACGCUGUUGGUAUGAGUACAGCUCCUGAGGUGGUUGUGGCAACUCACUGCGGUCUGAGAGUCUUUGGCCUCUCUUUGAUCACCAACAAGGUGGUGAAGAGUUACGAGGACACGGAAAGCGUGAACCACGAGGGCGUCUUGGAGAUCGGCCGGCUGCGCUCUCACACCGUGCAGCAGCUGGUGACUGAGCUGAUCGACAGGAUGGAGAUCAAUAACAACGACAACCUUAAUAAAUCUAUCUGAAAAACGUACAAUCACACAAAAACACAUGAAGAUUGUGUACAUAUUUCACUGGUGCAUUCACAACAUUUUUAGCACUUCUUCCUGUUUUGUUUUGCUGUAAUUAAACUUUAUUUAUAUCAACAUGGUGCCUAAUAUUCUCCAUCAGGGUAAAUCAGAGUGUAAGUAUUCUUUUAUGAUAUUUGACUUUAAAUCCUAAAACUUUAUAUACCAAUAACCGCUGUGUUUGAAGGUGCUUUAAUAUGAAAAACAUGAGACACAGUUUUCUUUUUGUAUUAUUGUCUUGCACAUUUUUGUUGUAGAAUUGUAUGUAAUGUAAAGUAUUAGUAAAGUAUGUCACAGAUUUCCUGAUUGAUGUUAAUCUGAUUAAACAAACUGCCAC